AUGUCUGUGCCUCUGAUCCAAAUAGAAGAAAUGGGUGGGGAGGAAGGGCCAGCAGGAACAGCCCUGCCUCCGGAUGACCACCUCCAGAGCCUGAAGGCCCUCACUGAGAAACUGAGGCUUGAGACACGCAGGCCCUCCUACCUGGAAUGGCAGGCCAAGCUACAGGAGCAGACAUGGACCUUCCCCAGGCCAGCUUCACAGCAGGAGGCCAGCCUGGAGCAGAGGCAGUGUGGGGAGGAGUCCUUGCUCACACGGAGGGAGCCCAGGCAGCAUUCCUCACCUAAUGGGAGAGCUAGCCAGGGCAAGUGGCCCCUUGCCACUGACGAGCUGGAAGGCUUUGAAAGUAUUGAUGCAGCUAUAACCUGGCUCAAGAAGGAACUGACAGCGAUGCGGUUGCAGGACCAGCAAUUGGCCAGACAGCUCAUGCACCUGCGCAGUGACAUCAAUAAGCUGAAGAUUGAGCAGACCUGCCACCUUCACAGGAGAAUGCUCAAUGACGCCGCCUAUGAGCUGGAGGGGUGGGACGAGCUGUCUGACCUCUUCUGCGACUCCCCUCUUGCCUCCCCCUUCAGUCUCUCCACUCCACUCAAGCUCAUUGGCGUCACCAAGAUGAACAUCAACUCCCGAAGAUUCUCUCUUUGCUGA